AUGGCAGUCUUGGAGAAAGCAAGUAGCACACUACAAGUAUUGAGCCUCAGACGAAUACCCUACAAUGAAAGCGGAGGGUGGUUCGACUUUAAAAAAAUUAAGAAAUUACAACGACUUGCAAAGCUGACGGUUGCAGGCAGAGCCAUUGACACGGACGUUCUCGUCGACUUUUUGUGCGCGCACGCCAGUACGCUUGAGCAACUCCAUCUGACGUCGUCCGACAUAUCAGAGUCUGUGCUUCAAGUCGUGUCCAGCAAGAUGCUAUGCUUGAAGCAUUUGUCUGUCAGUGCGGAAAGCAGCGAACCGUUCCCUCGUGUCAUUCCUCGUCGACACCCUCAUCAUCGCGAAAGACAGCAACAGUCGCUCACACGACGCAAUGAGCAGCAGCCACAAUCCAUCCAUCAGCAACAGAACCGUCUACACACAAGAACAUCGCGUCGAUUGCUUCAUCGAACACGCUCCUUUAUCGAGUUCCCGGUUCCUUCGAUCCCUCAAAACUUCCAUCUGCUCACACAGCUGCCGGCGAUACAAGAAAUCGAUCUGAGUGGGAUGCGUUUAUCAGAUGCAGCAAUACAAAGUCUCGGUAGCAUCCAAUCCUUACAGAGCCUGUGGCUGGCCGACUCGGGCAAGAAUCCAGACAAUGCUGUGACCAGAGAUGGUUUGCUCGUCUUUGCAAGUAUUUUAUCCUCCAACAAGAACGCUCUACGACAUUUGGCACUGGGAUAUUUCCCAUCCAUGGAUGAUACGGUGAUGGCAGCAUUUGGUGAGAUACGAUCUCUGCGCUCACUAUGUAUCACUAGUUGCGCUGGUGUCACAGAUACAGGGCUCGAAAAUUUCCUUGAUACUGCUCCAUUAUCGACUUGCUUUACAGUCAUUCGCAUUUAUCACUGUAAGCGUCUUACUGAGAGCGGAGUACAAUAUGCAUACAACAAAUUAGGAAGAGCAAACGUCAGUUAUUGGCACAGCUUGUAA